AGCACAGAGAUAGACAUUUGCAGUCUGUUCCAUUUAUAUGGUUUUGAUUUGUUAUACAAAUAUAGAACCCUAUCAUCAUCACCUUGCCUAAUGCAUGCCUACUCCUCCAUUCCCCACAAAAGUUGAAACCCCUGCUCACGCUUUCUCCAAAACCAGAUGUCUUCUCGUCUUCUCCUUCACUCAAUCUCAACCGUCCAUCCAUGAGGAUCCAACUCAUCCGAAAUCGGAAUCCGCUUUCUCCACCAUCACUGCACCACCACACUCCCCACCUCCUUCGACCAAGCGAUUCACAAAAUCAAACUACCGACAAGGAUCGACGGCCAUCCGAUCUCACUGUCGUCGGCCUCGUGGCAGUCAGCGGAACUAACGCGCGUAGAUUAUCCCUUAGACGAGAUGAACAACAGUACUCGCUGCUGCAGGCGUGGCGGUUCUAAUCAGGACCCGCAGGUCGGCGACGGAGAAGAAGAAGUCAAUGCCGAGAAAAAGCCAGCGGUAGCUACUAAUCGGAGACUGGGUUACAGCUACGGGGCAGAAACUUCAGGCGGUGGUUGGUCAAUCUCUUUGUCUCCAUCAUCUCAUCAAGGUCACUGGUGUGAAGAAGAUAAACUUUAUCCAUUGAAGAAGAGAAGGGCGAGUUUUACAUGUAAAUUAAGAGCCAGUACGGCAUCAGUCGAAGAACAAAAGAAGUGCAUUAGAGAGACACCAAGAAACACGGAAAAGUCCUCGGUUGAUUAUGAUUAUGAGUCCGAAAAUGAGGAAGAACAAGAGGAUGAUGCAGUUGAGAAGUACGAAGCAAAGAAGGCAGAGUGUGGAGAAGGAGGUAAGACAGUACCGGUGGCUGAUUCUAAUUCGCUUUGUAGAAGAAACAACGGAAACGGGUGGAGGUGUAACCGGCCUACUGUUCUGGGCCACUCCCUGUGUGAGUAUCACUUGAGUCGUGCAAGGAUGAGAAAUCGGAACGAUGUUCGAACCCGAAAUCCACAGAAUGGACCCAAAAACAAAAUUAGCAAGUUUAAGAAGGUUUUUACCGGCUUGUAUUUAGAGGAGGAGGAUGAUUUUAAUGACAAGGGAUUUGAGAAGAGAGGUGUCAUGAAGGCUAGGUCUAUCAGCAGUUUGUUGAGCCAAACCGGCCCAAACUGUUCCCAAAUAUACCAACACUCAAGGUAAUAAUCUAACCAUCUGAUGGCAGGGGCGAUCAAGUCAAA